AUGGCCUCCAGGGAUUUGACAAUAAGCAUGAUCUACUUAUCUCAGACUAUAACUAUAAUUGGAAUUCUGGGCAAUUUCUCUCUUCUUUACCAUUACCUGUUCCUUUACCACACUGAAUGCAGGUUGAAGGCCACAGAUUUGAUCCUCAAGCACCUGACUAUAUCCAACUCCUUGAUCAUUCUCUCUAGAGCAAUCUCCCAAACAAUGGCAGCUUUUGGGCUGAAACGUUUUUUCAAUGAUUUUGGGUGAAGAGUUCUUUCAUAUGUUCACAGAGUGGGCAGGGGUGUAUCAAUUAGCACCACUUGCCUCUUGAGUGUGUUCCAGACCAUCAAGAUCAGUCCCAUGAACUCCUGUUGGAAGGAUCUUAAAGUCAAAGCCCCAAUGUACAUUGGCUUUUCCAUUUUCCUCUGCUGGAUCCUGUACAUGUUUGUGAAUUUAAUUGUUCCUUUGUAUGUGUUGUAUGUGUCUAGCAAAUGGAGCAUGAAAAACAUCAUGAGGAAAAGGGAUGGUGGAUACUGUUUUGCUAAUGAUCAUGAGAAAAUCACAAGCUCAACAUAUGUAGCAUUAAUAGUAUUCCCUGAGUUUUCAUUUUCUGUGAUCAUAAUCUGGGCCAGUGGUUCCAUGAUCUUCACCCUGUACAGUCACAAGCAGUGGGUCCAAUACAUUCACAGGAAUAAUCUUUACCCCAGAUUCUCCCCUGAGUCCAGAGCCACCCAAAGCAUCCUCGUACUGGUGAGCACCUUUGUAUCAUUUCAAACCCUCUCCUCCAUCAUUCACAUUUGUAUUGCUGUAAUUUAUUAUCCCAGUUGGUGGUUGGUGAAUACUGCUUCCCUACUUUCCGAGUGUUUUCCAACUGUCACCCCCUUUCUGCUCGUGAGCCGUGACUCCACUGUAUCCAGGCUCCACUUUCCCUGGAUAAGGAAUAGAAAAUAUCCCAAUCUUACCAGGAAAAUGUAA